CUGGACAGCAACCUCGUCGAUACAGCGCUGAAAUGUCAUUUGUCAAUCAGUGAGCGAGUACACUGGCCACAGUUGAAGUUAAUAGCACAGUUGCGACGAUAGUUUGUUAGUUAGCUGCUUUCGUGCAUACCGUAUGCGAAUGCGAAAGUGUAAAAGUCACAAAUUGCAGCUAAUUAGUGCUCAAAUGUGCAUGCGUACGCUCAUAGCUAGGUGUGCGCUCAUUGAAGACGCCAAUUUGCGAAAAAUAUUGGCACCACGGGCACGAAAAUAAAAGUGUUAAAUUUUGCGAGAUGUUUUUGAAAAUUAUCAUUUUUUGUUGUAUUGCAAAUUAAUGUGUUGGUUCAAGUACUUGAAACGGAAUACUGUAAACAAAAAAAAAAAGAAAUCGAAACAAAAUCGUGUAAAAAAUAAUUGCAGCUAUGAAAAUACGCCAAAUAGGUCAAAUGUCUAUCACAUAAAAAGUACAACAAAAUUGAUUUAACGGACAAAAUAACUUGCGUAAAACAAAAUACAUAUCAGCAUAAAAAAAACAAACAACAAAAACACAGAUUCAUUUUAAAAUGUAUCAAGCCGCUGUAGUACAGUUAGAUUUUGUGCCUGAAGAACGCCUGCAACAACCCAAAACCAUAAAGUGCUGUAAGAUUUGUAAAAGAAUGCCCGAAAGUAGGAGACGCGGAGGUCAAAGUAUUACCGGCGAUACCAGUUACGCGAACACUGCCGUCCAUCAUCAUCCCGCCUCUCCAGUUUCACCUACAACAGCCGCGUGUCCCACCAUGCUCACCAACAAUGCGCCGGUGAUGCUGCAUGAUUCCGCCGAACAAUCACCCCUUGCCGACAUAGAUACCACACGAAUUUGUGGAGGCGCUUUUGCGCAAAGCCGUCGCCUAACUAUGCGUCGUCUAUGCACCCUUUUACUGCUCUGCACAUUCUUCUCUGCUGCAGCGGGUUGCGGCCCGGGUCGGGGUAUUGGUGGACCGCGAAAAAAUCGCAAACUUACGCCUCUCGUUUUUAAGCAGCACGUGCCGAAUAUGUCCGAGCGUACACUGGGCGCUUCCGGUCUAAAUGAGGGCGCCAUCAAGAGAAAUUCGCCUAAAUUUAAGAAUUUGGUACCAAAUUACAAUAAGGAUAUUAUAUUUAAGGAUGAUGAAGGAACUGGUGCAGAUCGGCUAAUGUCAAGGCGAUGUAAAGAGAAACUCAACAUUCUCGCGGUUUCUGUGAUGAAUCAAUGGCCCGGUGUACGGUUACGUGUCACCGAAAGUUGGGACGAGGACAAUGCUCAUCAUACCGACUCGUUGCAUUAUGAGGGUCGUGCUGUCGAUAUAACAACUUCCGAUCGUGAUCGCACCAAAUAUGGUAUGCUGGCGCGUCUCGCUGUAGAAGCAGGUUUCGAUUGGGUCUACUAUGAGAGUCGAGCGCAUAUACACUGUUCGGUGAAAUCAGAUUCUCAACACAUUCCACAUGUUAGCGGUUGUUUUGCUGCCGACAGCAGCGUGCUCCUUGCCAACGGUCAACGGAAAAUGUUGCGUGACUUACGUAUCGGCGAUCGGGUACUCGCCAUGAGCGCUACGGGUCAGCCCGUUUACAGUGAAGUUAUACUCUUUAUGGAUCGAAAUCUGGAGCAAAUGGAGAAUUUUGUACAAAUUCACACAGAUGGCGGAGCGGCGCUAACUGUGACACCAGCGCACUUGGUAUUAGUUUGGCAUCCAAAUGAACAACGUCUGGAGUAUAUGUUCGCCGAUCGGGUGGAAGAAGACGAUUAUGUGCUGGUGCAUGAUCAUUAUGGCCGCUUGAGUCCGCGACGCGUGCUACGAUUGAAGGUAGUGCGCAAGCCGGGUGUAGUGGCGCCUUUGACGCGUGAGGGUACAAUUGUCGUAGAUUCGGUGACGGCUUCCUGUUAUGCAGUGGUGAAUAGUCAAAAGUUGGCGCAUUGGGGUUUGGCGCCGAUGCGUCUAAUGGCAGCAGUUAGAUCGUGGUUACCUGGAUCUAACAGCAGCGACGCUAAUGCGACGGCACAAGCAAAGAGUGCGUCCAAUUCGACGACGCCAACAACGACGCUGACGAAGGGUAUUCAUUGGUAUGCGCAAUUUUUGUAUUCAAUCAAGGAUAUUGUGUUGCCGCAGGAGUGGGCAUAUCAAUGACCUGUCCGGUGAUUAUCUUAAAUGAAAGACAUAUGCCUAGCGUCUACUUCGUCCUGGGUGCGAAGUUUUACGCUAGGUGCAACGUGACACACCCAUUCGCUUGAUAUACAUACAUAUAUGUAUGUAUGUAGUAUGUAAAGUGAAAUAGCUAGACGA